GUGCCAUUAUAUGAGGUAACGAUGAAUUCCUGGAAUUAGGAUGUAUUGUUCAACACUCUUUAAUAUUGGUAACCUUUCCUAAACACGAACAAACAUGCAAACACGAGGCAAUGAAAACUUACCUAACAAUCGAUGAGGAAAUAAAAUGCUUUUCUUUGUAGCUUUGCUUGACCACGGAUCACUUUAUUGGUUUUAUAUGGUUAAAAUAAUUAAAUGUUAAAAUUUUCUCAGCUUUGCGACAAACUGGCAGCACUGCCAGCCUGGUAGCCUGGCAGUUGCAAUCUGGUACGUAAAAGGCCAUAGUGAAAUUUGCUAUGUCAUCUGUGGUCAAAUUUGGCGAGGAACACAUUUCAUUCCCAGAUUUGACAUCAAUACAGUUUUAAUUUUAAAACCUAAAAUGUUUGCUCAGGACAUUUAGUAAAAGAAUCAGUUUAUCAAGAUUUCUCUAAAGAAAACACAACCAAUUUAUAACCCUCAACCGAUGGUGCAUUUCAUUAACCAGUUUUUGACCACACACAAGUAUGUAGAAAAUUCACUGUAAAUUUUCAUCUUGACAGAACCUGUGUCGUCUCACUGGCGCAUUCCCAAGCGAGUGAAAAAGUCACUUUUCGGCUGUGUUUUCGAUUGAUAUUUCGUGCACGAUUUGACAAACGAAAUAGUGUACGAGAUUCAGACUUUUUUCGGCACAUACCCAAACGAGUGAAAAUGUCACUUUUCGGCUGUUUUUUCGAUUGAUAUUUCGUGCACGAUUUGACAAACGAAACAGUGUACGAGAUUCAGACUUUUUUCGGCACAUAACCACAACAGCGUGCAAUGGCAUAUUUGCUAUCUUCAUUGCACGUCUAGCGUUACACAUUUUGAGGUUAAAUAGUUUUUAAAUUGUUGGUAUUUAUAUGAAUGAUACGAUACGAAAGAACACAACUGAUGCAAACUAAACGUAAUACACAAAAAAAAAUACACAUAACCUGCUUCAACGCUUGGCUUGGAGAGCGAAAUGUUACGAAUGGAAGAACCACACAUACAAUAAUAUAUUGCUUGUCAAAUUAUGAGAGUGUAUGAGUUAUCGUCCGAAAAUUUCCGCUUGGGUUGUUUCGUAUUACCAGAAUUGGCAAGACAUCGUGGUGUGAAUAGCAGCUAGCAGUUUGUGAAAAAAAAGUACUACAUUUUAACCAUAUAAAACCAAUAAAGUGAUCCGUGGUCAAACAAAGCUAGAAAGUAAAGCAUUUUAUUUCCUCAUCGAUUGUUAGGAAUUCAUCGUUACCUCAUAUAAUGGCACCAACGAGUGAUAUAUGGCAACACUUCUCAAAAUGCGACGGAGGAGCCGUUAUUGUCAAUGCGUCAUAAGCUGGAACAAUGGAUCAACUUCAAAUCUUAAACGACACAUAGAUCGCAAACACCCAACUGUUCCACAACCUAGAACACAACAACCGUGCACAUCAUCUGCAGAAGAACCGAUCACAGAAGAAACACCACAACCGAUUAGCACUUCUAAUACUUUAAAUCUUUCAUGCAUAAAACCGACGAACAUCAAAGUGAAUCUGUUUGGGAUAAAAUAAUGCAAAAAUAAUGAUUUAACAAAAAAAUCAAAUAACAAAAAAUCAUAUACUAUGUAGUUAUUACUAUUUUUACUUUCUUUGUAACUUACAUUACUUGAGAUUUUGACUGUUAAUGUUGAUGACUCCUAGUUGUGAAUUCACAUUUCCAUACGAACGAGAAAAAUAUGAAAGUGAAAGAUCAUUUGAAUUAAUGGAAGCAUCGGAAAAUGUAUCAGCAACCACUCAUUAUGGAUUCUUAUAAUUUUGUGUCGCCGGAAGGAGACUACAAUGUUUCCGACGUAAACAAUCGAUCAGCCACCAUAUUUGCCAUCAAUCCGGAUUUUAUUGCGCAAUGGAAGCUUAAGAGGAAACAGGAAAAAAUAUGUGGAGAGUUCGAUUCGCAAUUGGACAUGUUAAAUUAUCCUGAAUGCUUAAAUAUACUUGCUAAUUUCCUCGAUUUAAAACAAAAAAGUAUUUCAAUUGUGUCGUCUGAAUUUCUAAAACCAAUUGGAUCAAAUAGUAGACUAAAUGGGAGCGACUUCAGUUUUUCGCUGGACACCACGCUCAUUGCGACUGGCGUUAGUAGUAUUAAAGAAUUUGAACAUUUGAAUUCAUAUAGUAACUUCACUCUCUUCAGUUGGUCAAAUGAAUCCACACAUUCUUAUGGCAACGAAAGCUCAAAUUAUUUCCCGGGUGAAAAUUUCUCCAAAGUCCCUUAUCAUUUUGAUAUCAUUGAUGAAAGCAUCAUGCAAGUGUUACCACCUUUUGAUCUUUGGCAAACAAUAUUUAUCGCAAUUUGCUUAGCAAUUUGUAUAAUUCUAACCAUUGGUGGCAAUAUACUAGUACUAUUAGCAUUUAUUGUUGAUCGAAACAUAAGACAACCAAGCAACUACUUUAUUGCCUCUCUAGCUGCAACUGAUAUGCUUAUCGGAACUGUGUCGAUGCCUUUCUACACGGUGUAUGUGCUAAUGGGAUAUUGGAAUUUGGGCCCUCUACUCUGCGAUCUUUGGCUCUCUGUAGAUUAUACUGUAUGUCUGGUGUCGCAGUACACAGUUCUGCUCAUAACAAUUGAUCGGUUUUGCUCAGUGAAAAUAGCUGCUAAAUAUAGGAGUUGGCGAACCAAAAACAAAGUCCUCUGGAUGGUUACAAUUACAUGGAUUAUUCCAGCCCUGCUCUUCUUUAUAUCAAUUUUUGGAUGGGAGCACUUUGUUGGAUAUCGCGAUUUGCUCCCUGGACAGUGUGCAGUUCAGUUUUUAAAAGAUCCCAUCUUCAAUACUGCGCUCAUAAUUGGAUAUUACUGGACUACCCUCGUAGUAUUGUUUGUAUUGUAUGGAGGAAUCUACAAAACUGCUUAUGAUAUGCAAAAGAAAAGUGAAGCCAAGCAACGUAAAAUGCAAUCUAUGGUUGCACUCAGCAGUGCCAUGACAGGUAUGGCUAGUCGUACUGCAGGUAUAGGAAUUUCUAAAACUCAAAGUACAUUACUAUGCACGGAUAAACCAAUGACAUCUUCAUCACCUUUAGUACAAAAACUUGAGGCAGCUACUGUAUUAUGUGCUGGAGACGAAGCGUUUCGGAAGUUUGAUUUACAGAUUCAAUCAACAACCUCGUUGCAGUCAACGUCCAUUAAUAUACAUGUGUCACCAUCUAACAACGAUAAGAAUUUCAGUAAAUCUUUAGAUCCACCAGUUUUAACGAGUGAAAAGACUAACGAAGGUAUAAUCAUCAGCAACGUAUCACAUGCACUAGGGGAUUACAGGGUGGAAAAAGCUACGGAUUACGAAGAAAGAAUCGAAGGGGAAAAAAGCGAACGCUCAAGCAGUCCCGCUUUUGAUUCAGAUGAAGAGCAUUCUACAAAUGUCAAACAAGUACAGUAUGUAAAACCUUCCCAUAAGAGAUCAUCUGUAGCAGGAAUGUUAGUUGAAGCAGCCUCUGCCUCUGUACUUACAUCUAAUAAUGCAACUUCUUCAAUAUCAUCUGGAAACAAUUUAUCUACAUUACCUAUCAAAUGUUUGUCCACAUCAAUAUUCGAACAGAAAGCACUAUCUAGCACUAAUGAAAAUAAUAUUUUAAAUUGUAUUACUAAUAGUCAAGCAAUAGAUCAAGAAUUAUCAUUUGCACCACACUCUGUUAUAUCGCAGACGCAGAGUUUGGCCAAGGUUUCAUGUAAAACUACAUGUUUACAGCAAAUACUGGAGGAUUCAUCGUCUAAUGGAUUUCAAAUUGCACAUGUAAGUCAUCUUAAAUUAAGAGAGGAAAGACCACAAAGCCCAAUAAGUAUAGAAGAUACCACAGGUACUUCUGAUCCUUUGAAAAGCUUGGACAGUGCGGAUCUACGUUUCAUGGACGAAAGUUCUAUUAUGUUGCCCACCCCAGAAAAUGAAAUUAAUCACUCAGACAAUUCAUUUACUUUUCUAGAUGAUGUUGCACAUUUAAGUAAAUAUUCUAGAUGUAGUGCUCAGAACAUAGCAAACCCUACACUCUUGCACAAAGCUCUAAUUCAGGCGACUGCUCAAUGCCCAACCCCUUCACCAACAGUCCUGAUACGUUCAUCUUACUUGAACAUGGACUUAGUGUCUCCAGAAACAGCAACAAACAAAAACAUAACUUAUCAUCAUGCACAAACAUCAAUGGAAGAUAAAAUGAAUAACACCGCCGUUACUGUAGGUACAGAGAGUGUAGAAAAGUCCAAAACAAACCUUUCUUCUGCAUGCUUUAAAUUAAAUAAUACAAAUACCAAUUACUUUGAGGAGCAUCAAAACCUUCAAACCCAAAAACAAGAUAAUGAUGACACAUUUAAAUUGUCAUCCAGAUACUAUGGUAUUUCAAAUAUAUUGAAUGCUGCUGAAGAAGAUUCCCAAAAUGUAUCGACUCAAGCAUGUAGAGUAUUGUCCAACAUUACAACAUCAACCGCAACUAAUUUUGGAAAUACAUCGAAUUCAAAAAAGUGCUUAGAACGAGAAUCCUCGAGAAAAAAAACAUGGUUUAUUCAAUCUAUUGGUAAGCGUUUGAAUCAAGGUAUGAAAACCCCAAUAGUUGACGUACCAAUCGGUGGAAUUAGCCGACAAAAAUCUAAAUCUGAAAACCGUGCCAGAAAAGCGUUCCGAACUAUUUCGUUUAUAUUAGGCGCAUUCGUAGCUUGUUGGACGCCUUACCAUGUAUUGGCCUUGGUAGUGGGCUUUUGUUCAAAACCACCUUGCGUCAAUGAGCACCUAUUUAUGUUUUCAUAUUUCCUUUGCUAUGCUAACAGUCCUAUGAAUCCUUUUUGUUAUGCCCUUGCUAACAAACAAUUUAAGAAAACUUUUACGCGCAUAUUGCGAGGGGACUUGCAUAUGACAUAAGCUCUAAUUAUCUCGUUGCAAAACAUUAGCCAAAUAUAGAAAAAAUUAAAGAAAAAAACAUCAACAAACAUAUAGGACAAUAAUGAUGUAUAUAACUGAAAUUAUUAGGUAAUCGUGGCGGAAUGUGAAGAUGUGAAAAAAGAGAUAAAAUGUAAUAGGCGUAAAAUAUAAAACACGAUAAAAACAUUAAAAAAAACCCCGUUAAAGAUAUUAAAGACGACCAGAAAUGUUACGAUUAUUUUAGUAUAAGCCAUUUGUUACAAAAUACAUUUCAAUAUCAGCUCAGAAAUAGAUUUGAUUAAAAUAUCAACUGAUUUCUCCUGCCGGCAUCAGUAGAAGCUUCUGAGAGAAAUUAUCUGAGAUGUUUAUCAUAAAGUUAAAAACUAAAUUUCUAGUUGAAAUGAAACUAAUUACACCUUACUCACUAUGCUACAAGUCCUGCUUACUAAUAAAAAAUUACAGGCGUCCUCCAAGUAACGACCACCUUGAGUUACGACGAUUCGCAGAUACGACGAUUUAGAUUUUGGGGUUAAAAGUUGUCAUUGAGAAGAAAUUGAUAGGUUUUUUUAAAUUCCUUAAUAAUAACCGAUACACACACAUUUCUAAAGAUUUCCCAACUACCCGAACUUAUAUAUCUAUAUCGUGUAAACGGCGUUUGUAGUAAAAUUACUAAAUUAUCAUUGUUUUAAAUAAAAACAACAUGAUAUCAUGGUUUGAACUCUUCAA